AUGUCGGAUGAAGAGGAAUACUACGAUGACGCCUUCGAGGAAGAAUGGAUUUUCUGGGACGAGGGUGAUCCCACUCUUGCGGAUGAUCUUGCUCAAGGAACUGUCCAUUCGCCCGUUUAUCUUACUGACCAAGCUCUGUACGCUGCGUUGGAAAGCGAAUCGGAUUGGGACUACUUCACCGACGAAUAUUACGAUGACGACCCGUUCCUGCUGAAGAAACAGGACCAGACACCUCUAAACAGCGACGGUGGUAAAUAUUCUGGGAAAAAGAGAAAACGCACAACUCUCAAAGACAACGCGCGACCCGCGAAGAAUAGUCGAAGGCCUUAUCCGGACAUAGAUUCAUUCUGUGGGGUCAUAUGGCGCACCCCAUGUCAUUCGUUGCGUCGAGAAGAGUUAUACGAAGCCGGCAAGGGUGAGACGGUUUCCCUGUUAGGAAAUUGGCGUGAAUUAUUCAAAUACCCAGACCGUAAUAAAUCACCCCCAGCUCUUGACCAUCAUCCUUCCGCCGGCAGGCCCGGGCCCCCGAAGGAGAGACAUCAUCCAGGCAAAGGUAGAAACGCUAUACGGCAAGGACCUAAAACGAACGACUCAGGCCUCUCAUCCCAUGGUGAGGAAGACGUGGAGGAUGGUGUUGAUAUUGAGUAUGGACGUCCAUAUACAUUCCCUGAGAACCCAAAUAGCUCCUUUACGCCUCCACCCUGCCACUUUAACGACACCGAACAAGAAAUCAUCGAGCGCUCCAACACGCAUGGUGACAAAUCCCGCAAACCCAAAUCCCCAUCCAGACAUGUAACACGGAAACCACCGUCCCGCUUGAAGCAAGUGACCACCGCAGAGGAACCCACACCUCCACCCGGCGCCGAAGCUGGCUGCAACGAUCUACCACCGUCUCCCACCGGUUCAUCCUCCCAAAAGACGACCCCCACAAAGCAAAGGAGGGAUUUAUCGCGUCCACUCCCCUCUCAAAGGAUAGAGGUCGUUGUGGGUCCUCCUAAGAGCUCUUGUCUCAGCUUUCCCAUGCUCGCUAACGACUCUGUAUCAAGUGAGGAACAGAGGCAGCCGCCUCUGCGCAAAGGGAGAAAGAGGAAGGCUACUAGCCCUCUACCUGCAGAUGAGGAUGGUGAUCAACAGUGCGAAAUGGGGAUCAAAAAAAGAGGCAGGCCAGCCAAAACAAGAACAGCCAAAACAAGAAAAGUUACUCCACAAGUAGGACCGGAUGACACGGCGACGGCGGCAGCGACGUCAGUUGGCAAAAGAAGGUCAUUACGACAGCGGAAAACGUAAAGCUUGAAGU